AUGCUGGUUUUACUUUUAGGCGCUCUUGCCGCCGAUUAUGAAGAGCUUCGACUUUCCCGGUCUAACUGGGAUGCCCUUACGUUGGUCGAAGAUGAAGAUCUGUCUAUCACCCCUUCCGUUCAAAUGGACUCAGUUGUUUAUUCAUCCACUCAAUCCUCCCUUCGAAUGGGUAAUCUCUGCGUUGGUGGUGAGCAAAAAAGCAUAAUAACUAAGCCUUCAUUUGAUUUCGAUGGAGGACCUCCUAACUUGCUAUCAUCACUUUCUGAAACGGAUCCCACCAAAUCUGGCGCCACUUUCAGCAAAUUUAUGGGCACUAAACUUCACACAGACUCUUUUAAUACCGUCUUAGAGCUUGAUGGAGCUCCUCGCCUUCAAAAUGCUGGAGAAGAUGAUAGUGUUGGCAACGAUGGCUAUAAUAUUGGUAGAAGAGCGAGAGUUGCACUAACCGUUUCACAUGACAGCGGUUUCGUUGCAGGUCAGGGCUCUUUGAGUGCUAGUGAGGAAUGUGCUGUCAGAAUGGCCAAUAGUCAGAUGACGACGAGCAGUGAAGGGGCCAGUCUCCAGAGCAACCUAAUGCCAUCUCUUGGAGAAUUUGAGUGCAACCCAAAUCACUUUGAUAGCAGAGGUUUCGAUAGAACGAACCGAACCAAAGAAAUUGUUUCGCAAACCGCCAUUUCCUCCUCGUCCCCCUCUUCUCGCUCAACAAACUCCCUCUCACCCUCACUUCAGGAUGGUUUCCCUGAAACUUCUAUUAGAUUGACGAGCAGCACUACAGUCACCAGCACUAACUGUCUUGGUGAGAGCCUUGAUAAACAACUACUUCCUUCUGCUUCCGGUUGGUCAUCUGUUGAUCCAUCUGUCAUGGUGAGUUGUUCAAAGAAGGAUUCACUAACACUUCCCUCUUCUCAUCGAGUGAGUUUUAUUGAUGUUCUUGAGGACGAGGCAUCGGAAUUGAGGGUGCAACAGGCUUUGACAACAAUGCAGGCCGGCAGCAACGAAGGCCAUCGCCUUCAUGAGGCUCUGGGAAAUACUUGCCAAAUAAGGCGUAAUGGACCGACUUGUGGCUAUUCUGUUUGCAGAUAUCGGUUACGGCGAUUCACGACGGGCAAUGGAGAGGCGAAUGAUUCAUUUACAAGUGAAAGGCAAAGUACAGGCUCCGGCGUGAUCUAG